GGUUCCGGGUUUUCCAUAAAAGGACUGCCGGAUUUAAUCUGCAAACCACCUUGCCUUUUCGCGGAGCGCUCUAACCGCGCCCGGGGAAGGUAGAGCAAGAGCCGGCAGAUGGGCGGGCUCCUCCGGGCCGGCCCCUCCCUUGCCUUUCCCCCAGAUGCGCCUGCGCGGCGGUUGCCUUAGCGACGCCGCCCAACAAUCUGUAGGCCUAGGCUGGCCAGGCUUGACUGGACGUAAAGGCUGCCACCAUGAGCCGAGCGGUGACCAUCGAGCAAACCCCUUCCCAGCGUCCCCGGUUCCGGCUGAGGACAGGGCUCGGGAGCUCUGUCGCCAGUGGGCGACUAUAUGAUUACCUGUACGAUCCAUUGUUUAUAGUGUCAAGUGCAAAGGACCAUGCACAGGCUAAUAUCCAGGCUACUGUGAUGAGAAACCAAGUGAAAAAAGUUCCCAGGUUUAGAAAUAUGUUUAGUAACCUGCAGAAUUAUCCAAGAUACUUCAUGUAUUUGAACCCCUCACAUCCUGUCCCAGUAUUUAUUGAUCGAGAAUGGCGAGGAUGGGCGGAGCAACGUAAAGAAGCUCUCCACAAAUUUGCAGCGGCUGACCCUUCUUUUAAGAUGCCUAAAGAAGUUUUUGAAGAUCCUCAGGUUACAGGAAAGAAUCGUUAUAAAUAUUUUGAAUGGCCUUUCCUUCCAUUUUACAAGCAGAUGCCACUUAAUGUUAUUCUUGCAACACAAAAACAAGAUAUAUACAAUUAUAUUUCAGCCACUAAAAAGCAGCCCCAAGUUGCUUUGGUACAUACUCAAGGCACCCAGACAGAUUAUCGGGAUAGUGAGACUCAAACAGAUCCAUAUACUCCAGAAUACGUAGUAUGCCAGGAUACUAUCCCUGAGAUCUUGACCUUGGCUACUCUCACUUGGGGUCGGGGACUUCCAGCAGGACUUGCUGAAAUAGAGAUGAUUGAACGUGCCAGAGAGAAACGUGCUUGGGAAGCUACUCUUCCACCUCUGAGUAAUGAUGAAUUAUUCAAUAAAAGGAGGAAAAUGAUGAAUGACAUGGAAAGAAAAGAGUGGGCUUUUAGAGAACAUGAAAUUGAAAAACUGCAGGAACUUCAAUUAGAGGUCCUCAAACAGCUACUGAAGAAGCGUGAAGAUGAUCAAAAUGAAAUAAACAUAAGGCGUUUGAAUGCCCAGUGGUCUCAACUUCAGGGAGAAAAGGAAGAGAAAUUGGCAAGAAUUAGACAUGAACAUGUAAAAGAAAUAAGAAAACUGGUGUCGAGAGCAAGAAAUGUGGAGGGGAAAUUUGAGAGAAGAAACAUCAUUAGAGACUAUAAUAAUUUUGCAUCUCAAGUCUAUGGACCUCUUUCUCGAUUGGGUCGCUUUCCAGACAGUAAAUCGGAGCGUUUUGUUGUCAAAAACCACUUUCUUAACACUUAUGAAGGGUUACUUGAACUUGAGGCCUCCCUCCCUGAUUUUGUAACACAGCCUCGAAUCAAAACUCCAAAACCCAAAGAGCUCACCACAAAGAAUAAAUUUCUUAAAAAAUCAGCAAGACUGGAUCUUGAGUUAGCUGAGGUUCACCAGGCACUGUUGGAUAAGAAGAAGAAAAGUCCCGAACCAAAGAAAAAACUUUUUUUCCUUCAGAAAAGAGUAAUACCACCACCUCGACUGCCAACACCAACCUUGGAAAUGUGUACUUCUGAAGAAGAGGAAAUUGAAAUGGCCGUGGUCUACUUACAAAAGUUACUUCGGGGCCGAGUCAUCCAGAACAUGAUGUUUGAAGGAAAAGAAAAGCGUCUAGAGUUGAUCAAUGAAUUGCGGACUACCCAUUCACUGCAAGAAGAUGACAGACUGGUGAAGAAACUAGAGAAGCAGGUGACUCUGGCCUUGCAAAGGCAGAGGAACUUGCAUGAAGAAAAGAUGGCAAUGAUUGAAAAUCACUUGGGUGGACUAGAAGGAAAGGCAUUAGUAGACAUGUUUGACUUCCUCUCCAAAGAACUAAUUCGACUGCAAGAGGAGAGGAGGAUCCACGCCUUUGCCAUGCUUGCCGAGAGGCAGAGACGGAUUCGAGAAGCCGAGGAGAGUGGCCGUCGCCAGGUGGAGCAGAGGCGCCAGCGUGAAGAGGAUCAGAUAUUUAAAGAGGUAAUUAAAAUUCACCAGAGUACUGUCACCUCCUAUCUAGAAGACAUCAUACUAAAUACAGAGGAAAAUACAGCAGAAGAACAAGCCCGGGAAGAAAUUCAGAAGAUGGCUGAGGAAAUCAAUAACAUUGCUUAUGAAAUAGAAGAUCGUCGAACUCAUCUUCAGUCAGAAGAGAUUGUUGCAGAGUUGGUUUAUGGUUUCCUGAUUCCAGAAGUGCAGAAAACAUUUGUGAAGGAGAAAGUGAAGAAUUUACAAAAGAAGCACAUUCUUGCAGCUCAUCAGAUUAUCCACCAAAAUACUGAAAAUGCCUUGCGUCAGCCUCCACCCGAGGAGCCCCCCACUCCCAGGCAGAGACCAGUCUCAGAGAUUGACAAGAUGUUUGCUAAAAUGCAGGCCAAAAAAGACAAAAAGUCGGAUUAAGUGUAAUUCAUGUCAACCAGUAUAAGGAAUGCAAAGAAACCUGGGAGGAUCUUUCUGAAAUCAAUCAAAGUGGAAAAAACCCCAAAAAUUAGCCUCCUGAAGAACAGAGUAUUGUCCACGCUAGCGACACCCAUAUAGGAGAAAAAUUAAAGAUAAUGAACAAAGAAACUUGAAUGGAUAUUUGAAGCCUUAGUUUUGGAGCCAGAAGACCAAGGUUAUGAUCAGACCUUCUUCCAUGUGCCUCUGGGAAAGCCAUUUAAGUUCCUGGUCCCCUUGCUUUCACCAUCUGUAAAUGAGGAGAAGUGGCUAGAUGACUUUAGAGCUGCGAUUCUGUGACCUCUGGAUAAGGAUGUAUUUCGAAGUAGAAAGAAUGGAAAGUUUAUAAUAUUUUGUGCAUUGAUAUUUAUGUAAAUAGUUACAAAGCAAAUUUAAUUGGUUACAUUGACAUAUUAUAAGAUUUUGUUUGACAUUUAUCAGCCUUGACAAUAAAAAUAUAAAUAAAACCAUAAUUCAUGAAUUUGUUAGGUGGUGUUUCCUGUUGGUUUCUAUCCAAGCAUAAUCGUUUUUAAUGAUCUUUGCUUAAUUAAACUUCUUAAGAAAAAUUUCUCUUUUAUUUUGUUUUAUUUGGCUUUGAGAAGAGUGGGAUGUAAACUUCUCAGGCUAUGAUCUAACAUUUUAUUCUAUCUGUAUGUAUUGUCAUCUAUCAUUUAUAUAGAUAUAUAAAAAUCUAUAAAACCAUCGAA